AUGUUUAGCUUCUUGGAUAUGUUUGGCGGUCCACCCCUGGAGCCCUCCAAUCCGGAACCUAAAAGCGCCCUCCAAGUGUCGUGUGAGUUCGGCGAUCUUGAUGCCGUCAGGGCCGCAGCCUCCACCGCGGACAAAGACGAUCUCAAUGCGGCUCUGUGCCGAGCCUGCAGGAAAGGCCACAUCGCCAUCAUCUUAGAGCUUCUUGAAAUCCCUGGCGUCGACGUGAACGCCACAUUCCAAGGCGACACUGCACUCUUCUUGGCGACCUUGAACGGCGAACCUGAUGUCAUUCAACUUCUACUCGAAAAGGGAGCCGAUCCAGCAAUCAAGUCGAGGAACAACCCAGUCGCAGAUUGUCAACCAGAUUCGACUCCGCUUUUUGCCCUGAUGAAGCAGGCUCGCAAGCCAGACGAGGAUGAUACGGACCACAUCGAAAGACUCAAGUGCUGUGCCUGCUUGCUACUUGAAGCCGGGUGCGACAUCAACGCUGCUAACCAGCAGGGAUGGACGGUACUACACUUCUGCUCCCGCGACAGUCUUAGACUUGCAGGCUUCCUUGUGGACCAAGGGGCCGAUCCGAACGCGCAGGCGCACGACGGAUCAACGCCUAUGCAUCUCUUUUGGGGCCUUCCCAAACAACCGGACACCCUAAACGCUCUCAUCGGCCAUGGUGCGCGCUUGGACAUUGUCCGGCCGAGCGACGGAAUGACCCCUCUGCAUCUGUAUGCAAAGCACAACAUGCUUGGCGAUCUUUCUCUGCUUCGCCCCUACGUCUCAGACUGGGGAUUGACAGACUCUAAUGGGAAUACCUUACUUCAUGCCGCAGUCCAGAGCCUCCGUGCCAAGGAAACCACCCAGGAGCUGCUGAAUUUAGGCCUCGAUCCGAACCACAGAAAUAACGACGGGUGUACGCCGCUUCACUUGCUUGACAUGCCGGCCGAUUGUUUGAGGGACGUCCUCGACGUUCUAUGCGCAGCCGGCGCUGACCUCGAGGCUAAAGACUACAAGGGCCGUACUCCGCUGGCUCGAGUUAUGUCGCCACAGCCGAGAUACAAUUAUGCCGAAGUGCUUGCAACAUAUAUUGCGCAAGGUGCAAACCUGAACACACAAGACUAUAAUGGAAAUGGCGUUUUACACUACACAGUCCGACCAUAUACUUUCAGCUUUGACCACUUUCAAACCUUGCUUUCCCUCGGCGCAGACCCUGGGUUGGCCAAUUACAAAGGCGAUACAAUUUUGCACCAUCUGGCCGCUAACCUUGCCACGUUCUCAGAUGGGAAGGCAGUCCUUGCAAUCCUUGAUCUUCUUAAUCGGGGCAUGUCACCAACAUUACGAAACCACAAAGGACGGACCCCGCUGCAUUUGCUGUGUGGCCAGGUAUCGCAGCACUAUUUUAUGCCCUCGACGGUCUCGCAGUCCUCGGCCAUUGACGUACUGCUCGACGCCGGUCUAGAGCUGGGGAUCAAUAGUGUGGACAAUGAUGGUGCCGCCCCUAUCCAUUUUGCAGCCACUGUCUCAGAGGCACUGGUGGCUAAUCUGAUAUCGAGGGGGGCUGUCCCUACGUCCACAACGAAAGAGGGGCUAAACCUGCUACAUAUAGCGUCGAUAGCGCGGCAGGGCAAUACAGUUGGGCUCUUACUGGAGCAUUAUACGUGGACUGGCCAGAUAGCCCUCGUCAACGCCCGCUGCAAGAUUGGACGGGCUCCGUUGCAUGAUGCGUGUCGCUCCGGUCGCUUGGAGACUGUCGCAAUGCUGCUGCAAGCCGGAGCGGAUGUCAAUGCGGAGGACGCGAAGCAGAAACGGGUUCUGGAUGCGUGCGCGGAGUUUACAGCUGAAGAAAAGCUCUGGGAACUGACGGAAGACAGCAUGAAUUUGUUCCACACUUUACAGACCGGCGGUGUCUUACGCGAACUGGAGACCAGACCGCAUCAGCCGAGUACAUCAAAAACGAGGAAGAGGCGUGUUGGACUGAACGAGGUACGCUCUGAGCACGACACAGUUAGCAUUGGCCCUAUUGUGCGCCUGCUGGCUGCGCAUGGAGCAAAACUUGAUCCUGAGCGGCGAUUCAGUAACAACAUAAUGAGCGCUGCAGUCUGGAGCGAGUCUGCAGAGAUGGCCGUGGAAUUGGAACGGCUGGCAGAGCAGGGAGUCUGGGACUUGCAUCAUCGCAAGUCUAUUGAGUUUAAGUACUUGACCAUGAAAUGGAAGGAAGUGCCUGCACUUCUUGAUGAGGAGCUCCGCAGCUCUGGUUACAUCCUCCACUACGACCUGGUGAAGCUUAUCCUGCGUGGUCUUCAUGAGGAGGUUGCUCAGGCGCUGGAGAGAAACAGAGACCAUGUACGGGACACCGAUCAGAAAGAGCUAUCCGAGUUGUUGGUUCUGUUGGCUAGACACGGUUACCAUGAUCUAUUCGCACGCAUUGGAAGCCUCAUGUCAGAGCAGGGCUGGAUCAACGGGGGAGAACGAACACUUGGCGGAAGGCUCAUUCCCUAUCUCUUUGCUGCCGCACAGCGAGAGCUGCCCAAUCUUGAUGUGAUAAAGGUCAUCGUGGAGAAGUUCCACGCUGAUGUGAACCUUUUGUUCACAAACGGUCUCCAGAUGGAGCCGGAGGUUCAUUUUUCGUCAAAAGUUGACGCUGACCGACAAUUUAAGCCAGCUGAUACGAUCCUCCACUACCUCGCACAGGGUGGCCAUUGGUGGCAUCAAGGCGCCAUCAAGUAUCUGCUGGAACACGGCGCCGAUCCAAACGCUCGGAACAAGCAGGGCAAGACGCCCUUGUGUCUUGCAGUCACAUUAGGGGAUCUGGGAGGAUACGGCCAACUGGAAAUCGCUCGAAUUCUGUUGGAAGGUGGAGCUGAUCCUAACAUUCCAGCGUACUGUGGCUGGAGGCCGCUCUCGAUGGCAGCACACGAUACCCAGCUGGUCAAACUCCUCCUCGAGCAUGGAGCCCGUCCGUCGCCCAACCAUCCUAUGGAGCUAUUCUCUGCCCUCGACUUUUUGAACCCCGCCGUGCUAGACGCGUUUCUAGACACCGGGAUCGACGUUAACGCGACCGUCCUAUCUAACACCCAGCCGCACUGGCAUACACACCGCUUGCAGAAACUCUCGCACAGGCCGAACUAUGUCCUCCACCCGCUUCACUAUAUGGCAAUGGAUGUAUGGAAUGACAUUCACGCUCGGAGCAAAGCGAUCGUGAUGAUACAGCACCUGUUACGCCGGGGCGCGGACCCGUUUCUGAUCUGUGAUAGACAGAGUCCCAUCGUGCACUUAGUUUUCAGUUCGGGUGGCAUCAUACAGCCAUUCUUGGACAUGGAAACUCUGGAUCUCGAACGCCGGGACGGUCUUGGUCGAACCCUGCUCCUCGCUGCUGCGUCUUGCGACACGGGCACAAACUCGUAUGCGUACAGCCCGGCGCUCUUCCAACGCACAGGCAAGCGCAUUAACCCGGCUCCCUAUCUUGAGGGUGACCCGACACGGGCAAUGACGCUGUACGAGAAGGGCGCUGAUCUGACUGCCACUGAUGCCUGUGGGAACAAUGUUCUCCAUUUGCUGGUCCAGCAUGAGGAUCAGCCCAACACCCGAGGACGCGCUGUUAACCCGAGCAAGAACUAUUGGGUCAUUGAGCAUCAAAGAACUAUCAGGUUAUUCUUGGAGAAAGAACCGCAGCUGGCUACGCAGCGAAACAACACUGGAUAUACGCCAUGGGACAUCGCAAACAACAAGCUGCAUGCCUGGGCACUGGAUGUCCUUCCUGCAUCUGAGGCAGUGGAGACGGGAUCUCAAUCAUGA